CAUGAUUCUACUUUAGCCACAAAAAAAGAGGUUCAGUCACAGAGACAGAGACAGUGUGGGAGAGUCACAUAACUAACAGAACAUUUGAUUAUUUUUAUUUUCUGGAGUGGAGUUUGUGAGUCUGGAUUUAGAAUGAAGAUCCUCCUCAUCUUCACCUUCUUCCUGAUUAUAGCUGGAACUGAUGCUGUAACUACAGUAACUGGAUACAGAGGAAGAUCAGUUCAGAUUAAAUGCCCCUAUGAAUCUGGAAAGGAACAGAACAAGAAGUAUCUCUGCAGAGGUGAAUGUCCCUUUGUGGGGUAUAGAGACAUUCCUGUUCAGUCUGGAUCUCCUCCUAAAGACACCAGAUUCUCUCUGUAUGACAACACAAUAGCAAGAGUCUUCAUCAUCACCAUCACUGAUCUGAGAACUGAGGAUGGAGGCACUUACUGGUGUACGAUACAUCUGAAACGUGCACAGGAUAUUUACACAGAGAUUCUACUGCUGGUUAAAACAGAUGAUCCCACCAUCAGUUCCGUCUCACACACCACACACUUCACUCCAACCCAUGAAGACACGACACAUUCAGUAACAGAUGAUCCCACCAUCAGUUCCGUCUCACACACCACACACUUCACUCCAACCCAUGAAGACACGACACAUUCAGUAACAGGAUUCCAAACUACUCUUGUCAUCUCUGCUGUGUGUGUGGUUCUAGUGCUGAUUAUUGUUGCCUUUAUAUUUAUUAUAGCGAUACAGAGGAAGACCCAAGGCUCUGAAACUCUGAGACAAUCAUCCAGAGAGACAAAUGAAGAUUAUGAAAAUGCCCGAAAUUUACUUCUGGUCCAAGCGAGAAAAAAUUCCAGUUUACCUGAAACUGUCUGCAUGAGUCUAGACCCAACCCCCAGCCAACCAGACUCAGUCUACCAGAGUCUGUCAAUUACUAAUGACCAAUCAGACUCAGUCUACCAGAGCCUGCCAAUUACUAAUAACCAAUCAGACUCAGUCUACCAGAGUAUGUCAAUUACUAAUAACCAAUCAGACUCAGUCUACCAGAGCCUGCCAAUUACUAAUAACCAAUCAGACUCAGUCUACCAGAGCCUGACAAUUACUAAUAACCAAUCAGACUCAGUCUACCAGAGCCUGCCAAUUACUAAUAACCAAUCAGACUCAGUCUACCAGAGCCUGCCAAUUACUAAUGACCAAUCAGACUCAGUCUACCAGAGUCUGUCAAUUACUAAUAACCAAUCAGACUCAGUCUACCAGAGUCUGUCAAUUACUAAUGACCAAUCAGACUUAGUCUGCCAGAGUCUGUCAAUUACUAAUGACCAAUCAGACUCAGUCUACCAGAGCCUGCCAAUUACUAAUGACCAAUCAGACUCAGUCUACCAGAGCCUGCCAAUUACUAAUGACCAAUCAGACUCAGUCUACCAGAGCCUGCCAAUUACUAAUGACCAAUCAGACUCAGUCUACCAGAGUCUGUCAAUUACUAAUGACCAAUCAGACUUAGUCUGCCAGAGUCUGUCAAUUACUAAUGACCAAUCAGACUUAGUCUGCCAGAGUCUGUCAAUUACUAAUGACCAAUCAGACUUAGUCUGCCAGAGUCUGUCAAUUACUAAUAACCAAUCAGACUUAGUCUGCCAGAGUCUGUCCCAUAAUAAUAAGCAAUAAAAAUAUUGCUAUCAAAGUGGAUUAAAUUUAAAUUGAUUAAAUUUGAUUAAUGAAACCCCAUAGUUUGUUUCUUUCUGAAUUUUUUUUUUUUGCCUUUUUAUCUUUCAGUUACUCUUUAUAAUUGGGCUUUUGAUAAUUUCAGAUGUUUUUUUUUACUGUGGACAAAUUUCACACUCUUUGCAUUGUAUCUUUGGUAGUUUAGCAGACAUUAUCAGCUCUCAAGUAAGCUGGCUGAGUGAAGUUCAAGAGUUUUUCUCCGAAGAAACUCUGCUCAGGCCAGGCACUUGCUUCCCACAGCUUGGGCCCUGAGUCUGUCAAGGCAGCACAUUGGCUUUGAUCACUGGGCUCGUACUUAGAGUUGGUGGAAGCGGAGCAUGAGACAGGGAAUCCCCUUUCUCUUGCCCUCACCUGCAACACCAAAUGCCGUGCUUUGGACUUAGAAUCUUGCACCAUGAUCUCUUCUGAGGAGAACAAUGACCUAGCUGUUGGCAAAGCCUACGUAGUGGCAGGCCAGGCUGGAGCAUCCCUGCACACCAUGGGUUCUUGCAGUCCUAUCAAGCUGGCCUGUUGAGGGAGUGGGAUAGUAGUGAGGGAUUAAACCCUGAGAUGGUUGCUGAGCUCCACUGGAUCACAGACUUUGUUCUCUGUGCCACCAAGUUAACAGCCCAUGCCAUCAGCCAUUCCAUGGCUGCUAUUGUUGUUAUGGAGAUGCAACUGUGGCUCAACUUCAAUUUAAUUCAAUUCAGUAUUAUUUGUAUAGCACUCUUAACAAUGGACAUUGUCUCAAAGCAGCUUUAGAGAAAUAUAAAAAGUAUAGAAUAAAUAUAAAGAAGAUACCCUUAGAGGAACCAGACUGGGAACCCACCCUCAUGCCUGCUGCCAUUUAGUUGUAUAUGACUGCUAUUUCUGCUAGCCAAGCACCCAUCCAUGGGGUGUCCACUGGGUACUAGAAGUCAACACAGUCCUAUAUGGCGUGUGGCAUGUCUUCGCCCCUAGGUUGCAGGAUGCUGUCCACCAUUAUUGUGGUAUUGCCCAGGUGGUGAGGCUGUUCAGUUGAUUUGCCCCAGCAGUUGCCUGUGCCAAUUCACUUAGCCCUGUGGGAUCAGAAUUUUUCCUUGUGUGGUGACAUUGGUAUUGACAUUCCCAUAGCAUCAAGCCUUGACACAGUGUUGAGUUCCCCCGAAAGGGAAUAUCUCUGGUUACACAUAUAACCCUGUUCCCUGAGAAGGGAACAAGACACUUCACAUAGGGCAUGCCCAGUGUCUUCUUUCAGACCAUUAGAAUCUGGAGACUAUGUGACUUAUGCCGAGUUCACACUGCACAAUUUUAGAAAAUUGAUUUUCAGUUGCCGACGUUUUGCAAAGUUCCCAACAAAUGGCCAAAACUGAAGGCAAAUUGGAGCUUACAGUGUGAAUUACCAAGGAUGUGAUCUGGCUGAGUCACCCGGAUGUGUUUCUGAUGCCUGUGAUAUAUUUGGCAUGCUAAAUAUCUGGACCUGUCGGUGACUCAAAAUACUGCAGUUUGAAAGACUUUUCUGACUGAAAAAUACAUUGGUGAUGACCUACAGCCAAUGAGAGAGCGAGAUACGGAGCACAAUAUUAUAGUUUAAUGGAGUUUAUAGGUUUUUAUCAGAAAAAAAUGUCUUAAAUAUAGUUAUAUCAGAAUAUAUAAGCUUUACAAUCACAUCAAACAGAAAUAAAGCAGAAAUAUUUGCUUGACCAGCCGCAUCAGCAGCAGCACAUUGCAAAAUUAUUCAUUUGUUCAAUCAUACAGAACGCACAAUCCUUAUUCCCCGCACUGACCAUUUGGCUCGCAAACUUUUUGCGGGGUUCCAUUUCCAGUCUUGCAUGAGAACUCUGAUCUCACGCGUGAGCUUGCUUUAUUUCCUUAUUAUUUCUCACAUACGUUCAGUCGUGAAACACAGUUUGCGGACUAUUCUUCCUAUUGUGAAGUUAUGCAGUGUGAACUUGGCAUUAGGUGCCUUUUUAUAGUCUUGCUGAUUCCUUGCCUUCCUUUUUUAGCCAAUAGUAUUGCAGUGUUCACACAUGCUGCAGAAACGUCCACAAUAUGUUCUUAUAGAAUCAUGCAUGACAGAGCAUCAGGGUUACAUACUUAACCUGUGAUGUUUUUGUUGCCUUUUUGCCCUGUGUUCCUGAUCUUGACUAGUCCUUGUAAUCUGUUUUUUUUGCCACAUUUAACCUAUUCUGCCUCCAACCUGUUCUCUGCCUGCCAUUUUGUUUUUGAAGCUCUCUUGUACAAUGCUGUAUAUAAAAUAAUUUUUAACUGAGCUUUAAAAUUGUCAUUUGUAGUUUGCAUUUUUCAUUUACCAUUCCUUUUUUUUUUAGUUAGCUUCUUAAUAUAAAGCCUUUUGACCAUCUCUAUGGUGUUUAAGAAAAAGAAAUGUAAGAUGCACGUUAAAUACAUUUAACCUUAUUGUCAUUGUAAAUACACAAAUUAUACAUUCAUUGUGUACACUCCUGAUUUUAAUUUCAUUCUUACUGUUCUGGCCUGACUAAUGGACAAUAGUUUAGUUUAUUAUGACUAUCACAGCAUCUAGUGGCUGCAGUUGGUAUUGCCAGGAUAUUAGUUUUGAAUUUUCUAACUUUCAACAGGGUGGUCCUGGAGCCUUUUUCCAAUAUUCCCAGAAGUCUUAGAUAUUUCAGAUCAAAAAUGCAGGAAACACCAAAGAAAUAAAGAACUCCUCCAGGCUUGGAUGAGAAGAAGCAACCGGCUUUAUUGAAAAAAUAUAUCACCGAAAUUGGCACUCACAUACACAGAUUCAUGAAUCGCCCUCCUUCACAAAGGAUAGCUGAUAGCUGGAAUUUCAUAGCUGAAAUUCAUGUGACAUGCUGCCUGUGGCCUUCAUACGUCCUAUGUGUCACAGGUUUUAAUUUAACCGGUGUUAGUAGUUGUUGAAAUGUUUGGCCUUACUAGUUAUAACUUCAGAACUUAUUUAAACCAAAAACAUUUAUUUUUUAUUACACAUAUAAUUUUAUUACUUAUAUUUUAACCUUCAUUAUAAUGUUCCAUGUACUUGUGUACUUGUUGUUUUUUUUCAUGUGUAGUUCAUGGUGGUUGCCUGGCAAUUACUUAGAAUACUGAGGAUUUUCACCAUUACUUAAGGAAAGGAUGCUAUCCUUAUUUACUUAGUUUUCACUUGUUGCCUAAGUGGUAAUGUGGUAAACUCAGUAGCUCUGUUUCUUAGUUUAGUUUGGUUUAAGUUGAGUCAGUUUA